GUCUAUGGGUCUCAGAAAAGACGAUAUAAAGGAAAAAUGGCUGCCCUUGUGUUAGCUACACCUGUACCCCUUCUGGCUUCUACUUUGGGAUAUUGAAGUACAGCUAUCAUGGAGAAGCAGAGAAGGCAACUAAGUCCAGAGCAAGAUGCCCUGGAGCACAUAGUUGCUCAUAGAGACAAACCCUUCCUGGAGGAAAGGUUUAUAGACUUCUUUAAAGGGAGAGGAGUGUUUACCCACAAGGCCAUCGAACCGUCCACGUUUGUUGUUGAAUAUCGGGGGAACAGCUUUUCUCACAAAGACACAACGCCUAAGAAGAAAUGUGAUACUCUUAACAAUUUUUUGUUUGAGUUUUCAUGGAAAGGAGCACAGUGGUGCAUUGAUGCCUCGAAAGAAGACGGGACCCUUGGACGACUUGUAAAUGAUGAUCACAUAAGUCCCAACUGUGAAAUGAAGAAAGUUGUCUGUGAGGGAAAGCCACACUUGUGUCUGUUUGCAGUGACCAAAAUAUCUCCAGGCGAGGAGAUAACUUACAACUAUGGGGACUCCUCUUACCCAUGGCGAUCAAAUGCGUCCUGUGAUGGAUCGAGUACUUCUUACUCAGACUUCUAUGCUUCUUCAUCAACACAAAGGAAUAAAAGGUUGGAGGACUCAUCAGCUUCCAGUUUUGAAAAUCCCUGCUCUGGUGAUUAUGGUGACGAACUACGUGGCAGUGGGCCAAGUCAUGGCAAUGAUAGUUUUGGCGACAUCAACUGUCAGCUGGAUUUUAGGGACAAUUCACCUUUUGCAGACUUAGACUCUUCUCAAGGGAUGACGGGGACUUUGAUGCUGCAUCCAGACAAUCCUUUAUACACCCAGGAGGAGGAUGAGGCUGCUUCCAGCUCUAAAGAACUCGGCUGGGAUGGAGACGACGGACCCAGCGAGGCUCCACCAAACACCAAAGGCCCUACCUGCACCAGUAAAAAUUAUUGUUACGUUUGCGGGAAAGGCUUUGCUAAACUUACUCGUCAUCUUUUAAGGCAUGCUGACGAAGAGCCUGAAAUCGCUGAAGCUUUGGCAUUACCCCAAAACUCCACGGAUCGAAAAAGGAUAUUUGACGAAUUACGUAACUGGGGAAAUUACCUUCAUAAUAAAGAGGUAUUGAAGAAUAACAGUGGAGAGUUAAAACUGAGAAGACGACCAUCAACCACGGUGAUCGAUCCUAAAACACAUGUGCACUGUCUGUAUUGUAAAGGCAUGUAUGGACGUAAGGACAUGUGGAGGCAUGUAGCCAGAUGUCCAUCUAAGACGUCAAACCCUGCAACAGGUGGUAAGACAAGAGUCUUGGGUGAGAUUGCUCUUGCAGAGUUACCACUCUCCAAAAAGAUUCCGUCUGCUGUGAGGAAGUUGCUCUCAAAUAUGAAACAAGAUGAGAUUGCUUCAGCAGUUCAAAAUGAUUUCCUUCUAAUACAGCUGGCACAGAAUCUGUGUGAGAAGUAUGGAAAUAAUUCAAGUGAGCACAUCAGACAGAAGCUACGAGAAAUGGGAAGACUUUUGUUAGCACUGCGUGAAAAGUCAAUAUUUAGCUUCGAAGAUGCUAUAAAACCCAAAAACUUCUUCAGAGUUGUUGAGGCUGUCAAAGACCUCGCUGGUUUCGAUGAAAAGAUGCAGAGCUAUAACAAACCAAGUCUUGCUUUGAAAUUAGGACAUUCACUGAAGAAAAUAGGCACCAUUGUCCUCACUGGAGCUGAUUGCAAUGAGCAGAUGAGAGACACAAAGACAUUCAUGAAACUGUGCGCAAAAGAAUGGUCUGAACAUGUCUCCCAAACAGCCCUCGCUUCGUUGAGUGGACGAAGAGUAAACAACCCGUCUACCAUACCAUUCACACGUGAUGUGCAGGCGUUCUUCAGGUACCUACAAACAACCACUGCUUCUGCCAUUGAAAGCAUGGAGAAGCAUGAAAGCCAGCAGGUCUACAAUGCACUUUGCAAAGUGACACUUGCACAAGCAUCAGUCUUAAGCAAAUGCGCACCUGAGGUUUCAAAAAUGACACUGAAGACAUUCCAGGAGAGAGACGACUCUACUCAAGUGUUGUCCAAGCACUUCAUUAGGAUAAAUAUUCCAAACAGGACUGGCCAAAAUGUUGCCGUCUUGUUGACCUCUGAACUUGUCAGUGCAAUAACUUUGCUUGUGAACAAGAGGAAAGCAUGUGGCGUACACAAAGACAAUCCUUUCUUGUUUGCAAAGCCUGACUCUUCUCCCACAAGCCUCCACCACGGAAGGGUCUGCAUCAGGGCUUUUUCCAUUCUGUGUCAUGCAAAGAACCCAGAGCAUCUCAGGGCGAUGCAUUUUCACAAGCACAUUGCUAGAGUCUUCCAGAUUCUUUACCUGGAGAACGACGAGUUGGAUCACCUUGCUAAACUGUUGGGCCAUAACAUCCGGGCUGACAAGGACUAUUAUCGCCUGCCAGAAGCAGCUGUGGAACUGGCAAAAAUUGCAAAACUUCUUCUGGCAAUGGAAAAGGGUUCUCUUGAAAGAUUUGAAGGAAACUCUCUGGACCAAAUUGAGAUUGAAGAUGAAUUGGAGCCAGAUGAGGAACAGGGCAACCCUGAAAACUAUGAUGUUGAGGAGGACAUUGAAGAAUCAGAUCUUUUACUUCAGCAGAGCGAUGCUGUGGAGCAACAAGACAGGCAACUGACUCCUGAGCAAGAUGCCCUGGAGCACAUAAAAGCUUGUAGCGACAAACCCUUCCUGAAGGAAAGAUUUAUAGACUCUUUGAAAGGUAGAGGUGUGUUUACCCAUCAAUCCAUUGAACCAUCCACCUUUGUUGUUGAGUUUCGGGGGAACAUCUUCUCUCACAAGGAAACCAGGAAAAAGGAAUGUGGUGAUACUCUGAACAAUUAUUUCUUUGACUUCUCGUGGAAUGGAACAAACUGGCACAUUGAUGCCUCGAAAGAAGACGGGACCCUUGGACGACUUGUAAAUGAUGAUCACAUAAGUCCCAACUGUGAAAUGAAGAAAGUUGUCUGUGAGGGAAAGCCACACUUGUGUCUGUUUGCAGUGACAGAAAUAUCUCCAGGCGAGGAGAUAACUUACAACUAUGGGGACACCUCUUACCCAUGGCGUUCAACGGAAACCAGUGAAGAACUGAAUACAUCACAAACAGAUGUAAAUGCUGCAUCUUCACCAGAGGAUGAGGGUGCUGAAGACUCUGCAGGACCCUCCAGUUCUGCAGCAUCCUGCUGUGAUGAAGACUAUGUACCUUCUCCCAGCAACAACCGUCAGAGUUUCACAGAGUCCGAUUCUCCUGAUGAUUUUACCUCUGAUGAAGAGCUCAAAGAUCCCUCCUUCACCAACGAAAAUGAUGAAGAUCUCAAAGACCACUCCUUAACCAACAGAAAUUAUUGUUACGUUUGCGGUGUAGCUCAGUCUAAAAUUUCUCGUCACCUUUUCACCCAUAGACAUGAAGAACCUGAUAUAGCUGAAGUGUUAAGACUACGCAAAAACUCCAAAGAACGAAAAGCGCUACUGGAUAAGUUAAGAGACAGAGGAAAUACCAAACAUAAUGAAGAGGUUUUGAAGACUCGCUGUGGACAACUGAAAGUAAAAAGAAAAUCAAGCAUGCUCACCACUGCUAAAACACUUGCAACCUGUGUAUAUUGUAAUAGCAUGUACAUUCGUAAGGACAUGUGGCGACAUAUGCAAAAGUGUUCUGCAAGGAAGUCCUCAGAACCUUGGUCAUCUGGGAAGAUUAAAGUCUUAACUUUGAUGGCUGCAGCAGAGUCAACGGACCCCCAAAAAAUCUCAUCAGAUGUGAGGAAGAUGUUAAACACAUUGAAGAAUGAUGAGAUUUCAUCUGAAGUCUUGAACGAUUCCUUUAUACUGCAGCUGGCGCAGUGUUUGUACCGCAUGAAUAGAGGAAAAAGAAAGAAUUUGGAAAACCUCAAACUGAGACUGAGGCAAAUGGGACGACUCUUGUUAACAUUGAAGAAAAAGUCGAUAUGUAGCUUUGAAGAUGCUAUCAAACCCCAAAACUUCAGCAAGGUUGUUGAAGGUGUGAGAGAGCUCGCUGGCUUCAAUGAAGAGACAAAGUCCUGUGACAGACCAAGUGUGCUGAAGAAAAUGGGAAAUUCGCUUAAGAAGAUUGGUGGCAUUAACUUCGCCAGAGCUUUGAAAGGGGAUGCUGAUAAAGAGGUGAUACAUGAAGCAGAGACAUUUAUAAACUUGUGUGCGAAAGAAUGGAGACAUGGCCCUUCAUCAAAGACAAAAGUAAACAACCCGCCAACCGUACCGUUCAUUCAUGAUGUGCAGCUUUUCUAUCAGUGCCUGGAUAAGAUAGCAGCUUCUGCAGUGCAAAGUCUCACGAUGUACGAAAGCUCUCCGGUCUAUUCUGCACUUCUCAGAGUGACACUUGCACAAGUGUCAGUCUUGAAUACAAAUAUGGCCGAAGUUUCAAAAGCAACGCUUAAGUCAUUUAAGGAACAGGACGAGACUGAACUUCAUGAAGACGCUGCUGUUAGCCAGUCACAGUUGGAGCAAAUUCUGUCCAAGCACACCGUCAAGAUCAACAUUGAGACCGAAAGUGGCCAAAAAGUUGCUGUUACCUUGACCCCUAAAAUACUCACUGCAAUGACACUGCUUGUGAACAAGAGAGACUCAUGUGGUGUACAUGAAAACAAUCCCUUCCUAUUUGCAAGACCUGAUGCCCCAUGUUCAAGCUUCCAGCGCGGACAACAGUGCGCCAUCAUUUUUGCAGCUCGUUGUGGUGCAAAGAACACAGCGAACCUCCGGUCUGUGAUUUUUCAUAAGCACCUUGCAAGACUUUUCCUGAUUCUCAGCCUCUCAAAUGACGACCUUGAUCAGCUAGCCAAACUGUUAGGCCGUGACAUUCAGACCGACAGAGAGUAUUAUCAAACACCAGAGGCAGCUGUCGACAUUGCAAAAAUCUCAGCGCUACUAUCAGCUAUGGAGAAUGGAUCUCUUCAAAAAUUCGAAGGGAAAUCUCUCGAGGAAAUUGAGGUUCCAGAUGAAUUGGAGCCAGAUGUGCAGGACAACUCAGAAAACAGUGAUGCUGAGGAGGACAAUGAAAAAUCAGAAAGUUCUCUGAGCGGUCUCCCCUUCACAAAAGGCUCCCUUUUGGGAACCAAAAAAACCUGCAGAGCUUCUAUGUCGAGGAAACGUAGCCGAGGCCGGAGGAAGAGGCAGGAGAGUGAAACUGAGGCAUCUGAGCUGAAUGAUGAUAAAGACACAGAGGUGAACACAGAGAGGGAUGACGGGUCAGACGAAAUGCCUGUGAGCUGUGCUGUCACAAAAGGCUCCCUUUUGGGAACCAAAAAAACCUGCAGAGCUUCUAUGUCGAGGAAACGUAGCCGAGGCCGGAGGAAGAGGCAGGAGAGUGAAACUGAGGCAUCUGAGCUGAAUGAUGAUAAAGACACAGAGGUGAUCACAGAGAGGGAUGACGGGUCAGAUGAAAUGCCUGUGAGCUGUGCUGUCAACACACCUGAGAAAACAGCGAAUCGUAGCAAUGAGGACGCUACACAUAUUUCUUUCAGUGAUGCCGAUGACGACAUGAAUGUGGACUUUGACAUGGACACCGAUGACGACAUUGUCAGAAACGAGGAAAAUGAUGAAGAUGGUGACACAACCGGCUCAGCAGCAACGCCUCUGAUACCAGAUGUGACGAAGCAGUACAAACACAGCAGUGAUACCAAGAAGAACGACAGCUCACCUUACAAGCACACCAGUGUUGCAGACCUUGAAGAGACCAUGGACAUCGAUACAGUCAACAAUGUGGAGAGAAGACAAAAUCAAAAGAAAGGAGGGAAGCAAAAUAACUGGAUUGAUGUGGCUAGCAGGAGUUUCUCUGACUUCUUAAAUACAGAAAAGAAGAACAAAUUGUCAGCUGCAGUGAUCGGAAUGAAAGAAGUAAAGAUAUUAAUCCCCAAACUGGACAUUGAAAAGUUUCAGGCUUCAGUCAAGAGUUCCCAGUUAUCAUCUGAGUGUAACUCUGUCAAGUCACCUGUGAAAGAUUGGCCCAUCCAUGAAGACAACAACCAGGGUCCAACAUCCGCUACAUCCACAGAUGUCCAAAACAAGCCCAGCUAUGCAAAGGCGUCAAAGAUGAACUGCUCCCACUGCAAGAAGAGCAUGAUGAAGGGCCAAACAGCUUACCAGAAGAAGGGUUUCACAGACGUCUUCUGCUCCAAAAACUGCCUUUUCGAAAUGUUUCCUAUCAACAAACCAGUCACCAAGACUUGUCAUUACUGCCUCAAGGCGAUAUCGCAGCCUCUAGACCUCAUCAUGGCGGCAGUGGACAUUAAAGGAACUAUGAAAGACUUCUGCAGUACGACCUGCCUCCUCUCUUUCAAAUCCAACACUGGGUCCACCCAAAAACCACAGCGGCUCUGCAGCAUGUGCAACGAAUCCUGCACUACCACAUGUGAGUUGACCCUGAACGAGGCUGUCCACACAUUCUGCAGCGACUCCUGCUUGGAUGAUUUCCGCAGGGACAACAUGGCCGUCUGCGAAAACUGCAGCUCCAACUGCCGCAACAAGCCGCUGAAGCUGGAGCUGGAGGAGGAGACCAAAACGAUCUGCAGUCAUGAAUGUCUGGAUGAGUUCAAAGAGAAAAUCGAGACGCUCCACCAAUGCACCAUGUGUCACACUUCUCAAACAAUUUCAGACAUGGUUGAUUACAAAAACGACGACAACGUGGUGAAGCUCUUCUGCAACCGCAACUGUGUGACGUCGUACAAGCUACGGCCCGCAACUGUACACAAGCUUCAAGAAAAGAAAAGCUCAGAUCAGCUGAAGAAGGGGAAAAAAGGCAAACAAUCGAAACAACAAUUGAAUCCUAAGGAAGUAAAGAUCAGUCAAGACUCCACUGUGAACGAAAAUGAUGCCCCUGCAGCUGCUGAGUUGGACAACACAUCAACAUUCAUCAUUGAAGCCUCCUGUGUUGCAUGUUGCAACUGUGGGCAGAGACUGCCGAGAGGAGAGAUGCAUUACCAGCCAAAGAGUUCACUGGAUGUUUUUUGUUCAGCCGAAUGCCUCUCUGAAAGACAUCCGCACAGCAAAUUAGCCACCAAAACUUGCUACAACUGCUUCCAGGUGAUAAUGCGGCCUCAGAACAUUAUCCUGGCUCCGGUGAAUGAUUCAGGAACUAUGAAGGAAUUGUGCAGCGACACCUGCCUCGCUUCUGUUAACUCCAAGAGAAAAAUGUCUUCCGCCAAAACCCCAUCUCUAACAGGACCUUGGUCUGAGUGCAAGAUGUGCGCCAAAUAUUGCUACUGCAAAUUCAGGAUGACCCUGGAUGGCUUGAUGCAAAGAAUUUGCAGCGACUGUUUCAUCAACUACCACAGAAUCAACAACUUACCGGUGCCUGUUUGUGACGUCUGCGGCUCCGUCGGCCUCGGCAAACGGAUCCUGCUGAAGGCGGACGACAGCAGUAAAACUAUCUGCAGUGAAGAAUGUCUGAUCAAAUUCAAAGAGAAAGUUCGGGCGCCUCAGCUGUGCCCCAUGUGCCAGACGUCCCAUCACUUAUCAGACAUGGUUGAAAAAAAAAAUGAUAAGGGCACGUUGGACUUCUACUGUAGCAACAGAUGUAUGAUGGUACACAAGGCUCAGUCUUCCACUGUGUCAGGAAGGAUGAGCCUAUCACCUCAAGACAAUGACAUUAAGGAUGUGAAGCCGUCAAUAUCACCUGAAGAAAAUGACAUUAAGGAAGUGAAGCCGUCCAUACCAAAUCUGGACUGUAUAAAAGAAGAGCCCAUUGAUGAGGCAUACAACCAGAAUCUCCCAUCAUCCAUUUCCACAGAAAACAUCAAGGAUGAGCCUAAAGCAGGAGAUGAUGUGGCCAAGGAGGACUUGAAGAUCGGUUCAGUCUUCUCCUUGACGGGAAACUUGUCUACGCCCACGUCUACAGCGCCCACUGUCACCCAUAUGGAUUUGCCUGCGUCUUGCUCUAACUGCAAACAGGUCCUGGUGGACGGGGAGACUGUUUACCAGAGGAAGGGCCACGCUAACAUCUUCUGCUCCACUCCCUGCCUUUUGAAAUGUUACCAAAUGAAACAAGUUAAGAAGACCUGUCACUUCUGCCUUCAGGGGAUAGCAGCGCAACAGGACAUCCUCCAGGCCCCGGUGGAUAAUGAGGGGACACUGAAGGAUUUCUGCAGCCAGUCCUGCCUGUCCUCCUUCAGCUAUAAGAGUAUCAUGUCCACCAAAAUACCACUUGUGCCAGUUUCGUCACAAUCACAAUGCAGCAUGUGCAGCAGAUAUUGCAUUAGCAAACAUGAGAUCAUACAGGAGGACGUCGUCCACAAGAUCUGCAGCGAUCCCUGUUUUCUCCGCUUCUGCAACAUGAACAACUUGUCCAUCUGUGAGAACUGUCAUUCCCCCUGCAAAACACCUGUCAUGCUCAAGAUGGAUGACGGCAGCAAAAAACUCUGCAAUGCAGAGUGUCUGGCCCAAUUCAAACGGAAAAUCAAAACACCGCAUCCGUGUGCCAUGUGCCACACCUCCCAUUUAAUGUCAGAUAUGUUUGAAAACAAAAACGGUGAGGAUGUGGUGGAGCUCUUCUGCACCAGCAGUUGUGUGAUGGCAUCCAAGAUCCAGGCUGUCAGUGCAUCAGGUACUCCACUCAAUUGUGACCGCUGUGGUAGGACUACAUUACCAGCCUGCCACCUCGCCAUGUCAGAUGCCUCCAUCAGAAACUUCUGCACUUUAACCUGUGCCAUGUCUUUUAAGGAGUCCCAGAAAGACAUGGCUGCUAACUCAACGGGAGCCGCUGAUCCAAGCCAGUGUGACUUCCUCAAACCACCAGAGAAACUGCCAUGUGCCCAGUGUCGGCGCAUUAUAAAAGCUUCACCCAAAGUCAUCCAGCAAAAGGGAAAAAUUUAUUUUGUGUGUGGCCUGACCUGUUGUCAAGAAUUUAAUAGGGUCAACAACAUCAUGGGCAAGUGUGAAUAUUGUAACAAUGAAAGGAUCAUCAGACACGUCCAGAAAUUUGACGGCAAAGACCAAGACUUCUGCAGUGAUGGCUGCAAGAUGCUUUUUCAACAUGAGCUGGAAAUCAAGUGGGGCCAACACUGCGGCUGGUGUGCCUACUGCUUCUCCUUUUCUAAGAUAGUGGUGACAGCAAAGUAUGAAGGCGCUGACAAGGACUUCUGCUCUGAAAACUGCAGCUCAAAUUACAAAAUGAUUCUCUGCCAUGUUACCAAGUGUGACACCUGCGGCCUCAACGGUAAACUGAGGCAGAGCCUUCCCAUGCUGGGAGAGGUCAAACACUUCUGUGACCUGAGAUGUCUCUUACAUUUCUGCAAUAAAAAGGUCCAGAUGGUCAACACAGUCUCUUCACCGCCCAGAUCUUCAGGCACAGUGGAGUCCUUCCCCGUCAUCGCUAACGUUAUCUCACUUGCUAGCGCUUUGGCGAGGCAGCCCAGUACCACUGCUAGCUCUGCACAGCAUGGUCUACACACACAGACAUUAUUCUCUGUCCCUGACAUUCAAACAAAGGUUGUUGGACAUGCCAGUGUCCAAACAGUGCCCAAGGAAAUGAAGAACAAGUCCAUGCUCUGCACGCCGUUGGUCCACAACAAGGGAGUCUCCUGCACCACACAGACUGUCGACACAGAGGCACAGACAGACAACUUUGUACCUAAAGUCAUAGUCCUGCCUGUCCCAGUGCCGGUGUACGUUCCUCUGCCUAUGAACAUGUACAGUCAAUACACACCGACGCCUCUGGGCCUGCCUUUACCGCUUCCUGUGCCCGUGUUUCUUCCUGACCCAACUGUAAAAGUCAUGGAGGAGAGGAUCCACCCCGACCCGCUGGAAGAAGAGCUCAACUUCAAGUCUGAGAGGAAGAAAGUGCAAGAUGAGAAGAACAAGAGAGAACACAGAGUGGUGACAAAAGAAGGACGAAGACGAGAAGUUCAUGCUCCGAAGGAGCACAGCAGUAACUAUAGUGAAGACUUGGAUUCAGAUCAUCAGGCCACUUUCAACAACCAGAAAGACUCCUCUUCUGACACCAGCUUUGGGUCGCUCAGUCGACCAAACACCCACAAAAAAACACCUCGGUUUUUAGAGGUGGGCAUGCACAGGGAGCCUCAACCUGAGCUCCCACCCCCUGCUCUGGAGAUGAGGGGGGAUCCCCAGGGCUCACCGAGCGCUGAACCGGCCCCAGUGCUAUUACAACAAACUGUGGGGAAAGUCCACAACAAGAACAAGGGUCGUAAGCUGCAACAGUCGUCCAGAGCAGCUGAAGAGGCGGCUUCUCAAAGAGAAAAGGUCAUGUCUAGGAAGCGCCAAAAACUUGAGAGUCAAUGUGGAAUUGCCGCCUGGAAGAGAUGGAUACAGUGGAGGAAAUCACAAACCAACCUGGACCUUGUUUCUUAUCAUGCUGUGACCUUAAACGAGGAUGUUCUUCGCUGCUCUGCGUCCGAGCUGAGCGACAGCCUCUGUUGUUUCAUUACUGAGGUGAAACGACCUGAUGGAGAGCCAUACUCCCCCGACAGCCUGUUCUACCUCUGUCUCAGCAUACAACAGUACCUGUUUGAGAACGGGCGUAUGGAGAACAUAUUCAGCGAUCUCAUCUACAACAAGUUCUCCACAAAGUUCAACAAGAUCCUGAAAGGUUUCAAACCUUCAAUAUCAGCCAGCGGUUAUAUCCAUUCCCGUGUGGAGGAGGAGUUUCUCUGGGACUGUAAACAGUUGGGGGCGUACUCCCCCAUCGUCCUCCUCAACACCCUCCUUUUCUUCUUCUGCAAGUACUUUGGCUUCACCACGGUGGAGCAGCACCGCCAGCUGUCCUUUGCUUGCGUCAUGCGCUGCACCAAAACCAACCAGAACAACACCAAGACCAGCUUCCUGCGCUUCUACCCGCCAAUAUCCAUAAACAAGGCAGAGCCAGACGGCGUACCAGCUAAGAAGCGCAAGAAAAAAGAGAGUAUGGAGAUGAUGGAGAACUCCGAGAACCCUCUCCGCUGUCCAGUCAGACUCUACGAGUUCUACCUCUCCAAGUGCUCAGAGUCGCUGAGGCAGCGCACCGACUCGUUCUACCUUUCUCCAGAUGGCCGUUGUGUUCCCAACAGCCCUCUGUGGUUCUCCUCCACCCCUCUGGACGACGGCACCAUGGAGGCCAUGCUUGUACGAAUCCUCGCCGUCCGAGAGCUGCAGGGGGAAGAUAGAAGAGGUGUGGACCAACACGAUGACACACGGUUCAUACCUGACGAGGAGGAUUUGGAAUGAUGGGCAGUUGGAGCACUAAUUCCCUUUUUUUUUUUUUUUUUUAAGUUUUUGGAGAUCUGUGUUUAAAUUUGGGCAUUUGCAACCAAAGACAAAUACAUUCCAUCAGACAGAAACUUUACAACCAGCUGCUAUUUCAAACCAUUUCAAUCAUUUGGACUUGGAACUGUUGCACAGUUUAGCUGCUAUGUCAGGGGUUUUGCCUUAGACUAAUUUAAACUAACUGUCAGACUUCAGAUAGAUGUCUGAAUUAAUCUUACUUUUUUUUUUAUUACUGAAAAAGUUGGUUGACCACGCAACUGCAUCAAACCGCUCAGCUCCCUUCGUUUCAGCAGCCUUCUGGAAGAAUUCAACAGCUACCAGGACCUUUUACUGGGAAAAUUCAGCAAAGAGUGCAGAAACAUAUACAAUCUUAGCUUCAGUACUUCUGCUAACCCUUUCCCGUCUCAUUACUCGCUCCACAACAUUAUUACCAACCCUCAAAUUCUGAGCCAGCUGCUGAUGUGUUUUAACUUUAAAAGAGAAAAGAAGAACAAGUUUACGUUAACUGCUGAUUUGUUGUGUUCGGCGACUUUUUGUGUUUGUAUCUCUGGAGUCAGUUGAAUGUUGCUUUCAGCUGUGACUCGGGAUUUAGUUAUUUUUUAUUUUCAAUAAAUACAGAUUUUAAAAAGUAA